AUGGACGACUCACUUUCUUUCCUCUACGCUGCUGCAAUAGGCGAUGUCGCGGCCCUUGAGCGCGAGUACACAAAGAACAAGGGCGUUCUCUCUGCACGCAACCCGGAAGCGCGAACCGCCCUCCACCUUGCCGCGCUUCACGCCCACCCGGAUGCCCUCCGUCUGCUGCUCAGCUACGGCAUAUGCGCCGCCAUUACCGACGCCCGCGGCCAGUCAGCCCUACACAUCGCAGCGCAAGGCUCUUCCACAGAGGUUGUUGAAGCGCUUCUCAAGGAUGGUUCAGGCUGCUCGACUCGCGACAAGGAUGGCAAGACUGCCCUCGCAUACGCGUAUCAAAACCCAUCCAGCGAUAUUUUCACCUGGUUCAUCGCCUACGCCCCGAGCUGCGGCUCAGGCUGUUCGCUCACUCCGGCAAUUGUCCUCGGGUCCCGCCGUGUAUCAGACACUCAGACGAAUGAUGCCGCCGCCGUCUCCUGUGCACACCUAGCACCGGGCCCUUCAAAGCCCUGCUGUGGCAUGGUCAAAUGCAAAUAA